AUGCACAGGGUGUUCGGGUGCAUCUCUCAACCUCGUCUUCUAGAGCCUCAGAGUUGCGGUUCUACACCGACGGUAAACGCGGUGAGGAGCGAGUGGUCUCGACCAGUGCUAGACUGCAUCGUGCCACCCGACUCGGGCCCAAUCAUGGGCCCCGUUGUUAUCGUGAGAUUCCCCCACCGGCACCGGGAGCUCGAGGACAGCUUGAAACAUAGCGCGACGGCGAGGAGCAUGGAGAAUGGGAAUCGACAGUUCAAUCAAGCGCAGUGUGACGAGAUGGCGAAGCGGAUGGCGUAUGCGCCUGUGCUGCGCAGAGUCGGUGAGGUGAGAGGCCAGCCAGCGAGCGUUGUCGGCAACUUGUUUGCGACGGCGGAUUCGGGCCGGAACAACUUUGAUUGA